AUGAUUUUCUCACAAGCCCUCGUUCUCCUUGCAUGCUUGCCCUAUGCCCUGGGCACAUCGCUGAUAGAUUUCUCGGCUGCGCGUGGCGACGAUCCCUCCAUCCUUGGGAUUAGGAACCUCGAAGCAGCACGAGACGACAAGGUCUCUGCCAACACGGAUGAUCUCUACAUCAAACUAGGCACAGAUCCAAGGGGAACAUCUGCACUGCACUUUCACCGCAUUCAAGGCGACAUUCGAGCCGAGUAUCACUCCUUGCCCAACAAAGUGGCAGCAGAUCAAACAUACUACAUUGGCUAUCAAUUGUCACUCGGCGAGAUCGAGGAGAGUUUGAUGAUCUGGCAAUUCAAGGAGUACGCAGCCAACAAUGCCGAAGACGGAGGAGCCAACAUUCCCCUCUCAUUAGAAUUCAAAAAUGGAGUGCUCAAUCUCCAGUACCAGGCAUCUAGCACCGCAAAACGCGAGUCGCAGUGGUCCCGCCGCCUCCAGACCAAUACAGUGUACUCCAUUGGUCUGGUCAUCAACACCGCCACCCCAGGCUGGGUGGAAUUGUACUUUGAUGGUGAGAAGCAGACCUUUUCAACAACGGGGACAACCAGGCUGCCAGCUACCACCUUCCCCGGCCGUGCGGAGCCCAAGUUCGGUGCCUAUCGCGGUGAAGCCGUGGGGAUUGACACAUACGUCUACCGGAUCCAGAUCGGGACAGCGUUGAAGGACAUUCAGGAGGCUGCGGGACUAGGACAGCCGUCUACGUCUACGUCUACGAGGAUAUCGACAACCAUGGCUACUCGGACGAGCACCACAAGGACGACUACGAGGACUACGUCUAGUGCACCUACAUCCACAGCGACCUGUGAGUGGACUGGUCACUGCGCGGGUGCCACAUGCUCGAAUGCCGACGAGUGCUCUGAUCCGUGGACCUGCUUCAAUGGUGUUUGCAAUUAUGAUCCCACGGUCACCUGUGCCGUGUGCGCGAACAGUGACGGAUGCUCAGAUCCCUGGGCUUGUAUCAGUGGAAAAUGUGCGGUUGAUCCGAGCAUCACUUGUUCUUGGGAGGGUCAUUGCGCGGGAGCAACAUGUGUGAUGGACGAUGACUGUGAUGAUCCUUGGGCGUGUGUCUAUGGAGUGUGCGCGAUUGAGACUACGGCUUGA